GAUAGAGUGAGACGUAACUACGAGAGAUAAAACUGCCAACACUUGUAAGUGGAGAUCAACACUGAAGAAAAAAAAUGGCCAAAGAACGUAAAAGGAAAGCAAAAACGCCUGCCCUCAGGAGACGACGAGAGGGCAACAGCGGGAUGAUGUCACCAAGCACAGACUCUGUCGAGGACAACAGACCAAGGAAAAGGAAAAAAGCUGCAGAUGAUACCCCCAGAAGACAGAUCAUGGUCUCUCAGAUGGCCGGAGCCUCCACACGCUGCCAGGUCCCGACCAGAACAAUGAGGAGACUGAAUGCAGAGGAAUCUUCACCUCCAGCCAAGAAGAAGAAGAAGAGACUCCUGCAGAGGGUUCGACCCAAAGAACGUUCGUCCUCCUGGGACAUCAGCUCAGAAUCCAUCUCCAGACCCGCAUCGGCAGAGGACUUUGAGGUACCACCAAAAAAGAAAAAGAUGAAGAUGGAGGAAAGAAGAGUGGAUUCCUUAACUCAAAGAGCCAAAUUCCAGGAAAAGUAUAUCGAGCUGCAUCAGCUGGGAGAUGGUGGUUUUGGAUCUGUGUUUGCUGGAUAUCGGGUUGAGGGUAAAUUGCCUGUGGCUAUCAAACAUAUCCCAAAAGACAAAGUGGUCAUCAAACAUAAGGAUGAGAACGGCAGGGAGCUGGCCAUGGAGGCUGUAAUCAUGCUGAAACUGAGGUCUGCAACAGUGCCGCAGUUAGCCAUGGUCUCCCUGCUGGACUGGUACGAUCUGGAUCAGGAGCUGAUUUUAGUGAUGGAGCGGCCCAUGUUUGCUGAGGACCUUCUGGUCUAUCUCAAAGAGCGUGGAGGUUGUCUCAAUGAGAAGGAGGCAAAGAUCAUACUGAAACAGCUAGUAGAAGCAGCGCUCUACCUUCAGAAUGCAAACAUCUUCCACAGGGACAUUAAGGUGGAAAAUAUCCUGAUUGAGACCACCGCAAAAAGACUACAAGUCUAUCUGAUAGACUUUGGUUUAAGCUGCUUUGAUGACAGAAGAAAACAUAAACUACUGUGUGGUACUCCCGAACAUCUCCCACUGGACUGGUUCAUGCACAGCAACUACUGUGCUGAACCCAUAACAGUGUGGCAGCUGGGUGUGGUGCUGUUCGAGGUGGUCCACAAGAUGCGCUUCAACACCCACAGCUUCUUGAAAAACAAGCUGAAGAUCAGCAAGAGGCUCUCCAAAAACUGCCAGGAUGUUCUGACAAAGUGUCUGAUGGUUGACCCUAUGGAUCGUCCCACCCUGGAACAGCUGCUGGGCCACCCUUGGUUUUCAUAGACAACACACACAUGCACGCACACACGCAUGAACACACAUGCAUAUGUUUAUGGACACAUACAUACAUCUAGUGAAUGCCUCACUUUCAAAUUUUAACCUUUUUGAUGUUGAUGUAAACAAUUCUAAACCACACUUCUUUCCUCUUUCCCUAUGUUCCUUCCUUCUUUCCUCUUUCCCUAUGUUCCUUCCUUCUUUCCUUCCUUCCUUCUUUCCUUCUUUCCUUCCUUCCUUCCU